AUGUCAAUGUCGUAGACUUUUUGAAUUACAUAUUUUUUGUGACGAUGCAAUUUUUUACUUGAAUAUUAAGUUGUUUGUGAUAGACUACAAUGAUGCCUAAUUCCAGUCUUUAUUUCCAAUGUCUGAUGGGCAUGCAAUGUAAGGACUUCGCCAUAAUAGCCGCCGAUCAGACCAACACACAGAGCAUUAUCGUCAUGAAACAUGACGAGAACAAACUGUACCACAUGUCGAAUGACCUGGUGAUGGGCGCCAUAGGUGACCCGGGAGACAGGGUGCAGUUCGCCCAGUUCGUCGCCAAGAAUGUGCAGCUGUAUAAGAUGAGGAACGGAUACCAGCUGACCGCUGCAGCCGCCGUGCAUUUUACUAGGAAGACGCUCAUGGAAGCUUUGAAAGGAGGGAACCCAUCGAUGGUGAACCUGCUGUUAGCCGGUUAUGACGAGAUAGAAGGUGGACAGCUGUACUCGGUGGACUUCUUAGCGUCCAGUGUGAGGGUACCCUUCGGAGUCCACGGCUUCGGUGGUCUACUCAGCCUCGGUAUAAUAGACAGAAACCAUAAGCCUGAGCUAAAAGAGUUCGAAGCCUACGAGAUAAUAAAGCAGUGCGUUCACGAGGUUCACACAAGACUGUUCGUGAGCCUGCCAAACUUCCUCGUGAAGGUGAUCAACAAGGACGGCAUCAAAGAUAUGCCCAUCAUCACACCAGCCACCUACAUAACGAAGCCUUAACUUUCUAGAAUGUGCCUAGAAACCCAGUAGACGUUUCUGGUAACCUAGUGGAAGUUUUUAGUAACCUAGUGAUCCAAGGAGUGUGACGAGAGAAUCGCAAUGGCGAUAGUGUUCGGUGCAACACAAAACUACAAUUUUUUUUUGUUUUUGUCUUGUAAAAGUAAUACUUUUGGGCAAUAAAGGACUGUCUUGUUGCCGAUUGUCUCCACGAGAGAGACAAUCGGCCAUUAUUAUUGCCUUAAAGAAGAGUGAAGAGAUUAUAGAAAUACGAUGUUCUUAUAAUAUACACUCUCUUGAGCUAGAGAGUUGCUAUUGCAGAAAAUGUAUUGAAAUUAUGAAAUGAAAGCUUCGAUUCAAUCGCUUGAAGAGAUGGUCCCAUACUGCCAUAUAAUAAUCUAGUUUUGAAAUAGUCUGAAAGAACAUAACAUCAUAGAGGCUCCUCGCUUCCCGUACACAAAGCUACGGGAAUAGUCGUCGAGAUAAGGGAUGGAAACCUUACGUGAAAAUUAUCGAUACGAUUAUUCGACGAAAGUGACAGACUCGAUGCGAUUCUCUCGUCUGUAAAAAUAACGCUUACUAACAAUACAAACUUAGUGAUUGUGAAAACUGUGGCUUAUCACUUAAGAUCUGUUUUGACGUCAGUUUAUAUUUGUUACGUAACGUUGUUUUAUUUGUAGAUGUGAUAUAAAUGGAUUUUACAAUG